UACUUCCAUUCCGCAAUCCGCAAUCCUGCAGCCACUUCCUCUUCCUUUCGAAGAGUCGAAGCCUCGACCCCUCUUCCCCAUCGCUCGGCGUCCACCUUCGUCUUCUCAGGCGCGACUCUUGUCUAUCGACUGCUUGGCAUCGGCACGCAAAAUCUGAGAACGACAACAGCUCUCAGUAAAGAGCUACGAGGAGCUAGAUCAACGUUCGACAUCUCGGAGGAGGAUCGAUGGGUGGUUUUAGGUUUCAUCAGUACCAAGUGGUUGGCCGUGCCCUUCCGACGCCAAGCGAUGAACAUCCAAAGAUUUAUCGCAUGAAGCUAUGGGCUACUAAUGAAGUUAGGGCUAAAUCUAAGUUCUGGUACUUUCUGAGAAAAUUGAAGAAGGUGAAGAAAAGCAACGGCCAAGUUCUAGCUAUUAAUGAGAUAUUUGAAAAAUAUCCAACCAAAAUCAAGAACUACGGCAUUUGGCUCCGCUACCAGAGCAGACCCGGCUACCACAAUAUGUACAAGGAGUACCGGGACACGACGUUGAACGGCGCCGUCGAGCAAAUGUACAACGAGAUGGCGUCUCGCCAUCGGGUUCGUUUCCCGUGCAUUCAGAUUAUAAAGACUGCGACUAUUCCCUCGAAGCUCUGCAAACGCGAAAGCACGAAGCAGUUCCAUGACUCGAAGAUUAAGUUCCCUCUUGUGUUCAAGAAGGUGAGGCCGCCGUCCAGGAAGCUCCGGACGACCUUCAAAGCUUCCAGGCCCAAUCUCUUCAUGUAGAAGGCUUGAUUGGUUGGUUCUUUGUAUUUUUUGCAUGAAGUUUACUGAUGGUUUAUGUUUGAGUUUGAAUUUGGUUGGAUUUUGGUAAUGUUGGGAUCCCGAACUCUACAAUUUUUAUCUUUUAUGCUUUGUUGUUUUUGAUU